AAUACAAACACACGAAUGUUGAAUAAACGGGUGAAAAUCAAAGUGCCGAAAGUAUUGUCCCCGGUUGGAGGCUAAAUAAAUAGAAGAAUUUGCUAUAAUCAUGAUCGAAUUUACUGGCGUACUGUUGACAUAUUGGUAGCAUUUCUCUAUAUGGAUUUAAAAUUUAAAUGAAAAAAUGUUUGAGGAUUUUAAUCAAUAUGUGAACAAAUCUAACCUUCGAAAGAUUUCUUGUACAUAGCAAUUACAAUGAUAUCAGAAUACCGAACUGUCAAGUUAUAUCAGUUAUGACUCAAUAACAGUUAUAAAGUAGCAAAUACGAAAAUAACAUCAUUAGUACAAUAAAGUUAUAGUAAAAAAAAAUAUUUAUAUGGUGUGAUAGAUUAUAUUCACAUGAUGGGAAGAACAUCCAACAAACAUUUACCUCCCUCUCGUCAUAGACUUUCUAUGAAGAAAGGAUGGGUUAAAAGACGGCAACUGUUAAAGCAAAUGAAAGCAGCCUCGGAAGCAGCCGAAUCUAAGGCUUUCGACAAUGAAUCCAACGAGUUAGCAAGAUCACCCGAUUCGACGAAUACGAGAGAAAUUAGUACCCUAGAAAUAGAUCCGAACACAAAGCCAAUAAGUAUAGGUACAUACGAAAAUGUUCAAAUCUGUGAGGAUAAAGAUCCUCUUGUUAUCAACGAGAAAGACCUUUUGGGUUUCAAUCAUAUUCAGGAGCACGAACCCAAAGGUGAUCGUAUUAUAAAUGUUUCUUUCUUCUUGAAAGAGAUGCAUAGAGCAUUCGACAGUCAUGUACAACAACUUAAGUGCCAAUUUAAAGAUUGGAUUCUCAUACAUUCUCGUCGCCGUGGGUUACUAACGCAGUUCUUUUUCAAAUGCCAAGUUUGUAAUCACGAAGCGAACUUUUGGUCGCACCCCACAGACUGCAAAACCUUGGACAUCGUUACGGCUGAAACCAUCACGAUUAGAAUUGGUUAUACCUAACUGGAACAUGCGAAUAUACCAUAUAUGAUUGGGGAAACGUAUAUCAUCGGGAAUUUAUAAUAUAUAAAUAAAUUUUUAAGAAAAUAACUAUUGAAAAUAUGGGAAUGACAAACGAAGUAAAGAAAACGCGGAAAUAAAAUAAUCAACGACAUUCCGUAUAAUAUACUGAUAUUUAUAUAUAAUUUGAAAUGUCAUUAGCAUCCGUGUCCCAGAAACUGUGACGAGUGAAUAACCGAAAACCUGUUAAAAAUUGUUGACUGCGCCUAUACUUUGGCGAAAAAUGUAACUUUAUGUAUUAUAUGACAUUUUUAAAUAAAAAAUUGAAAAAAUUGGAA